AUGGCCUCCUUCCACCACGAGGGCAUGGAGCUCGACGCCCCCGCGGGCACGGCCGGCCGCCUGCCGCACGACAUCCAACAGGACGAGUCCGGCGCGCCCACGAAACUAGAUGAAUGGGACGACAACGUCCCGACGGCCGGUCCGAAGGGAGAAGAAAAUCCAAUGUUGGACGAGAGCGAGAUGGAACGAUUUGUGCGCGAAGGCAUGGAAGCUUGGGAUCUCUACGACAAGCGGUCAAAGGAAAAGAACAGCAUGUACGAGGAGGGCUUCCCGGUCCCCGACGAGCACCUGAACUGGAAGAUGCGGUUGCAGUACGGCGGUGCCACAGUAACACCGGAGCUCAUGGAAAAAGUCAGAGCUGUGGACUUCCUGAAGGACCCGCCGGAGGUCGACCUCCCCCCGAAGUCGGACAAAGGCCGGAAGGAGGCCGAGAAGAUCAUGCAGGAGGAGCACGAUAGGCGCUGGAAGAAAGUAGCCGAAGAUGUUGAUGAUUUACUAGAGUGUUUUCGAGGGUUUGAUCGAGCAAAGGAGAAGAUCCUGAAAAGGCGAGAAGGUAUAUUAACACCGUUCCCGGACGGCGGCGACUGGCAGUGGGAGUGCUACCGGACGAGGCAGGCGCACGAGCGGGAAGAACGGGAGCGCGAGAUCGCCGAGGCGGAGGCUGAGGGACGAGAACCGCCGCCCGAAAAGGUGCCGACGAUGCCUGAUUUAGCUAAAGCGGAGCAGGCCUUCAAGGAUCUGCAAGAACAGGGCGUGUUCACGCAGAAACAAGUUGAUGAGGAACUGGAGUUGUCGGAACGAAGGGCAUCGUGGGAUUGUGUGAGGGUCGCAUUGACGCUGGAAGAGGCGGCGAAAGCGGCAGAAAAAAGUGGGGACUACACGGGCGAGAAGCUCCCCAAGAAAUCCGACGAGUUGAAAGCCGCCGAGAAAGUACUCAAUGAGACCGACGACCCGCCCAAGCCGAGCUUCUACUACGGCGGCUUCGAGGAGAACGACUAUGGGGACGAGGACACCUGCGCGCGCAUCGCGGCCACCACGGCGGCGGCCGCGCGCGCCGAACCGGCGCGCGCGGGUUUAGAUUUGAUCAGGAUUUGCUGGAAGCUCGACGCGAAGCCGGAGGAGGCGCCGCCGGCGCCGGCGCCCGCGAAAAACCGUCGCGGAAGAAGCGUGGGUCGUAAUAAUAUCACUAAAUCUUAG